UUGUUGAUACUAUCCUGCUUGAGUUCCUUUCGGGGCUCUGAGUUUAGCUUUUUCAAGCUAUUAAACCCCCUACUUUGGGGGGUUUACUAUUCUAAUUGAGCCAAUAAAAUACUGUAACUAUAUGAAGGGCUGAUGGAGAACACAAGGGAUUUGGCUGAACGCACCCCGCGUUCGGAGCGUAAGCGCCAGGACUCGUUUGGGAUGUUUGACCGGUACGACAGCUGCAGUGAGGAGAGCACCAGUAGCUCCAGCUCAGAGGACAGUGAGGACGAGGUGCCCUCCAUCCCCGCCAGCCUGCCCAUCAUCAAAAACAAUGGACAGGUCUACACCUAUCCCGACGGCAAGACCGGCAUGGCCACGUGUGAGAUGUGUGGGAUGGUCGGAGUGCGAGACGCCUUCUACUCCAAGACUAAACGCUUCUGCAGCGUCUCCUGCUCUAGAAGUUACUCCUCCAACUCUAAGAAAGCCAGCAUCUUGGCUAGACUCCAGGGUAAACCACCUACGAAAAAGGCCAAGGUCUUACAGAAACAGCCUCUCAUGGCAAAGUUGGCAGCUUACGCCCAGUACCAAGCAAGUCAACAACAACAGAACCAGGCUAAGUCAAAAGCAGUGGUUCCUGUUGAAGGCUUUGAUUGGGGGCGGUACAUGUGUAGCAAUAACUUGGUUGGAGCACCAGUCAGCUGCUUCAAGCACGUCCCUAUGGGUACGUGCUGGGGAGACCUAGCUGAAGGAGUGAUGGUCGAGGUGCUCAACUCCGAUACUAACCUCUCUACUAAAGUCUACUGGGUAGCAGGGAUCGUCAAACUGUCAGGGUUCAAGGCUCUGCUGCGGUACGAGGGUUUUGACAACGACACCAGCAGGGACUUCUGGUGUAACCUCUGUGUUCCAGAGAUCCACCACGUAGGGUGGUGUGCAUCCAGCGGGAAACCGCUCGUACCUCCCAAAUCGAUACAGCUAAAGUACUCUAACUGGAAAGCUUUCCUUGUGAAGCGUCUCACUGGAGCCAAAACACUACCACCGGACUUUGCCACCAAGGUCCAUGAGAACAUGCAGUUCCCCUUUAAGAAGCUGAUGCGUGUGGAGGUGGUGGAUAAGAGCCACCUGUGCCGGACGCGGGUGGCUCUGGUGGAGCAGGUGAUUGGGGGACGGCUGAGGCUCGUCUACGAGGAGGGCUCUGACGACUUCUGGUGUCACAUGUACUCCCCGCUCAUACACUCCAUCGGAUGGUCCCGGAGCAUCGGACACCGCUUCAAACGGUCCGAUGUGUCAAAGAAAAUCGAUGGUCAAAUGGACGCCCCCGCCCAGCUGUUUGCCAAGGUGAAAGACGUGGACCAGAAUGGUGAAUGGUUCAGGGACAGGAUGAAACUAGAGGCCAUCGACCCUCUAAACCUCUCAGCUAUAAGUGUAGCCACUGUAAGAAAGGUGUUGGCAGACGGGUACCUCAUGAUCGGCGUCGACGGGUCGGAGGUGACGGACGGCUCAGACUGGUUCUGCUACCACUCCACUUCUCCCUCCAUCUUCCCUGCCGGCUUCUGUGAAAUCAACAACAUCGAACUCACACACCCUAGAGGGUACACUAAACUGCCAUUUAAAUGGUUUGACUACCUCAGAGAAACAAGUUCAAUAGCCGCUCCUGUGAAGCUCUUUAACAAGGAUGUUCCAAACCACGGGUUCCGUCAGGGUAUGAAGCUGGAGGCCGUGGACCUGAUGGAGCCCAGGUUGGUGUGUGUUGCCACUGUGACUCGGAUCGUCCACCGCCUGUUGCGCAUCCACUUUGAUGGCUGGGAGGACGAGUACGACCAAUGGGUGGACUGUCAGUCGUCUGACCUCUACCCCGUGGGCUGGUGUCAGCUGACCGGCUACCAGCUACAGCCCCCCGCCGCACAGAUGGCCAGAGAAAUCCCAGCAGCUGUACCUAAGCACAAGAAGAAAGCGCAACAAUACAAAGGACAAAAGAAAAAGCGGAAGGUUCCGGUUGGUCGUCGGCUCUUCAGUCAGGCAGGCAGGAGGAGGAGCCUAUCAGGGGAGGACGAAGAGCAGAGUCCGCCCCCUUACUCCAGCCAGUGCCCCACUCUGGCCCCCCGGUCCCGCACCCACCACCACUACCACCACCACCAUCACACCCACAAACCAGAGUCUCUGUUACGUCUUAAGGAGGAACAGGCUGAGGUGGAUGAGUUCACCUUCUCCCAGGGCGUCUCAGACCAGGAGAGCAUCGGCUCUGGCAGCUACUACAUCAAACAGGAGCCCUGUUGACAGGGGGGACAGGGGACCGGGGCUAAGCCUGGGAGGGUAGGGGGAGCCGGACAAUACCCCUGAAAUCCAACAUCCAGAGAGACACUGCCUACAACCCCCUACUACGACAAGACACAUCCCUAAACCAAGACAAGAGCAACAGGGCAGGGAGCAUGGAGAGCUCUAAAAAAAAACUCUUCCAGAAAAGAUGGCCUCUAACACUGCAAUCAGGGGAGAAUACUGCUGGGGGACUUGGUACCCCAAAAACACUAAGUGACUACAUGCCCUGAAACCCAAACCCUUACCCCACAAAAUCAAGACAGGGAGCUACUUAGGUCUCCCCAAAACCAUCCAGGGAAGAAGAACACUUCUGAGCAGCUACAACAUCAAACCCUGGAGCCCUGAUGGACAGUCACUCAUUCAGUGAGACCGACAUACCAUAUAAACGGGUAACCGGUACACUUCCUAAAGCCACUGGCCCGGAAGAGGGCUAUGAUACCUGGACAACCUGAUCAGAAUCCCACAUCCCUGAAUGAUUGGAAACGACCAUGGCUUUCUGUCUUCCUCCAUAAAUGCAUCUAGGCAGGGGGCCUUGGAGCUCUGGAUGCCCACAACAGAAGCCUGUUCUCUGGGUACUCUGUCUCUCCCACCACCCUGCCGUAGGCCAGGCAGGACCUCUGACACAACUCGGGGACACACACACACAGACACCUGCACUAAAUGUGACAGAUAUAUAGGUCUUUGGUUUAUUUCUUUCAGGUAAGAGAGCUAAGGAAGGAGGGAUUGAAUUUCACUUGGUCUUGAGCGAGGGAGGGAGGGAUUUUAUUUCACGCGGUCUUGAAAGCGAGGAAAGGAGGGAGGGAGGGAAAGAGCUGUAUAAAACAGGAAUCUUUUUUCCAACAAUUUUGCCAGGUGGACUUGCUUUGAUUUGCUAAUAGUACAUGAAGUUUUGGUAAAGUUUCUGUUUUUGUUAGUUUUUGUACUUUUAAAUUGGAGGGUUGUUAUUUUGUCUUAAAUGCUGAUUUGUUAUCGACAGCUCUUUGGGGGAGUGGUGUGGAUAUUAUAGUAAGGAUACAUAUUCAUAGACGAGACCUAUUCAAUAUAGAACUAUGUAGAUAUUAAGGAAAGUGAUUUGGCCUGAGUGGGUUUUGAAACCUUGUGAAAGGAGUCUCUUAGACUAGAUGGGGUUUGUGCCCCAAUAGGUUAACGGACAUACUCCUUAGUAUUGGCUAUGCAUACUAUGUAGUCUGCUAGUGUGUGUGUUGGGAAACACUAGAUAAACACGAUCACAGAUUGCACUACAGGAACAAACAGCCAGUCUCUCUGGCUUGUUGAAACCAUCCUUACCUCUAGCAUGUCAGCAGCUUUACAAUAGAGAGACCAGACUUAUCUAGUGUUUGCAUCAGUGUUUUUUUACUGGGGAAACAACUCCAGAAACGAAGCUAGACCACAUUAGAUACUCGUUAUUACACUCAACCAUAAUGUCUUAUUCCUUGUCAUAACCUAUUUUCUUCUAAGAAAACAAGUGCAAACUCUUCAUAAAUCUGUCCCUAAAAGAGAGAGAAUUUCUAUCAAUCGAGCAAAGUUUAAUCCUAAAAUGAUGUCAAUCAGAAAUAAAACAUUGUAGGCUACAUGUCAAGAAUGACAUCAAGGUAUGCAAAACCGUUUGGUUAGGGAUUCCCCUCUCUUGUUUAUGGCUAAUUCUUUAUUUCAGAGCCAAAUGGAUGUGUACUGGUUAAGUAUUCAACUGAGCCACUGUAUAACAACUUUGUCGGUGUUAAUGUCUCCAUUUAUUAAACAUUGCUUUGUUGAUAGCCUUUGUAAGUGUCCAUUCACAAAACCAAUGGGAUCUGAUUGGAUUAGGCUAUAGCAGGAGAAAACCUUUCCCAUUGGCUUCUUUAUUCACCAUUUAGGCCGCAUACAUUUUUGCUAGAUUCCUGAUUGGUUGGAGAUCCUCCCAACUUCCUGAAUCUGCUUGUGCAUUGUAGCUGGUAGUGAGUGGUGACAAUUGUAUCUAGACUUCCUCUCUUCCCUCGCAGUGAUAUGUUAUAUUGUUGUACUACCUCCUGGUGAGCUUGGCAGUCAAAUAGAGACAGGGUUGGGGGUCAUAGUGACAUCAUAAUGUGUCUCUAAUCCGAGAUGCAGGUUUGGGCAACUUGAUAUACCAUAUGCAAAUAAAAAAUAAUAAUAUCCUCAUAUGUCUGACUAGACACCGAACACAGAUAUUUGUAACAGCACAUUUUGAGGUAGUCCUCGAAAUGGAAUAAUAUGCAAUAAUGUUUUCUGUAUUUUGCUAUGUCAGAUCGCUGAAUUACAACACCCUAAAGUGAUAUUAAGGUACAUGAAAUAUAUUAUACUUGCUUCAAUUGACCUACAUUCUAUUGCAUAACUAUGGCAACUAUGUGAACUAUGGUCUAUAAACAGAAUAUAAUAGAUGUUAUUUGAAUCCACUAUGUAUAAAUAGAAUAGUACAGAAAAGUUGAUCUAGCUCAGUUAUUGUUGCAGUGGAUGGGAGAUGACCUAGAAUCUCUCUUUCUAUACCAGUAAGGUUGACAAUUAACUUCUCAGGAAAUGUUUGCAUUUUUCUCUAAGGUGUUUUCUUGGCUGCAAGGGUCAAGCAAAGUGCAUUACAGUCACAAUUAAACAGAAUGACAUUGCAUAAAGUUAUUCAAAGGAAAGUCUUAAUGGAAUAACUUGCUCACAAAUUAAUGUUUCUUGUCCAUGUCUGAAUGUUGAUUUCUCCCCUGUUUUUGAUAUGGUUUCUUGUAUUGUUAUUGUUCUGUUGAUUUGGUGAGGUAUUUUACAUAAACCCUUCAUGUUCUAAUGAUUAACAAUGCGUUGAGAACCCCUUGAUCGGUGUUCAGUUUGACGCCAUGCUUUGUGUAGCUAGGUUUUACCCUCAAUUAUUGUUUCCAUGUGUAGUUCCUUUUCCAAAGGAUGUACGAUCAAUAGUUUCUACCGUUUCCUCUCUGGAUUUUAGAUUGAAUUUUUAAUAUUAAUUAAGGUUAUAUACAAUGUCCAGCGGAGUAAUUAAAUGUAGUGUGUCACUAUCCUCUUAUGUGAAAAAGGUUUGGAGUUCAGGAUUUGGUUUUUGUUAACUUCAAGAAAUCAGAUCUGGCACAGACUAUGACUAGCUAGAUGAGAAUGAAGAAAGUGUUAAAGAAUUGUGGUAAUCUUAACCAAUUAACUGAUCAAAUUACGUAUCUUAGAAAACAAAAAGACACAACUGUUUAUAGACUAACUUUGCUGCUACCUUCCAAAUAACCCAAAUAAUUCCUAAUGCACAAUCACAUUUUGGAGAGAGAGGUUUCUUUUUCAGUGAUACUAUGACUCUUUAUUCUUAGAAAUGGAUGUAGGAAUAUCCCAAUGUCACUGAGAUGCCCAAUCCAAAAGCAACACCUCUGAAUCUCCCCUUAGAGACCUGUAAGAACAGGAUGCCAUUAUAGGCUCACACCUAUUCGUUCAGAUGUACAAGGGGCGAUUCAGGAAGUGUGUAGAGGGAGGGGCUGAUUUGGGACCGGAUCAAUCGGAGUUAGUGCAUGCAAAUUUGUAAGGUCUUUCUGUGGACCAACACUGAGCUUGUUUUGCUGUUAUGGUCUUUGGUCGUGCUACCGCUCACUCUAAAUCGAUCCCUAGCCACUAACCCUACUCAUCCUAUAGAUCCGAAAGGAUUGGAUAGGUAUGAGAAAGAUGGUACUAGCUCCAUUUUGCCCUUUUGAUAGGCUUAGUGGCAUUUUGAGGCAUAUUUCUUACACCUAUCCAAACCUUUCAGAUCUUAAAUGUCUAGUGGAAGUAGGGGGUCAAUCUAGAAUGAGGUGUCUGUUCUUUGAAUACUAACACGGGUCUCUUUUUGUAUGUGACAACCCCACUAUAUUCAACCGUUAUAUAUCAUGGUGCUACAUAUAUAUUUGAUAAAGUGAUUAUUAGUUAUUUUAUUGGGGAAAUAAUUCUCAUUAACUGUAAUUAUGAAUGGAGGGGCUUAAGUUAUGUUUUGGUGUUUUAUUUUGGAUACAAAUAACUAAAUGAUUUGUUUAAAAAAAUAUAUAAUAUUGAAAUUAUAAACACUGACCCUUGUGGUAGAAAUUUGGUUGCAAUGUGGUUUGUACAUCUCUAUCUAGAUACAUGAGGUUUCCGUUCUUUCUUCUGGUCAUUUUGUGCUGUGAUCGAGGUUUGAUAGACAAUACCUUGAAUUUGUAAAUAAACCAAAUGUUUGGUAGACAUAAUAUCGGUUGUAUUAUUUUUGUGUCUUUUGUUUCCAAGUAUUACAAACUGUUUCCGCAUGGCUGUGAAAAGGUAUCUGUUAACGAUUUUUGUAAGAAACAUUUUUUUUACGCUGAUUAAAAUGAUACUUAUAAAUUAC